AGAGCCUUUAAAACCAGUUCUAAUCCAGAUUUGGGGCUGCUGAGUGCCUUUAAAACCAGUCCCAAGCCGGAUUUAGGGGGUGCUGAGAGCCUUUAAAACCAGUUUUAGGCCGGGCUUAGGGCAGAGCAGCCCCUCUCCUCUGGGAUUUCUGGGAAGCUCCCACGGACUCGGCUCCGUCUCCCGAGGAUCCAGAAUUCCAAACAAACAAAAAUUCCAAACAAACAAAAAUUCCAAACAGAAAUUCCAAACAAAAAUUCCAAACAGAAAUUCCAAACAAAAAUUCCAAACAAAAAUUCCGAACAAAUUCAUCUCCGGCUUUUCCAUCCCGAGGAGCUGCUUGGAACCUUCUGGAAUUUGGAUUUUUUUUGGGCACAAAUCCGGGAGGUUUUUUUUUGGUCCUGAAGGAUUUUGCACCUGGCUCCUUGGAUCCCUCUGAAAUUUGGAAUUUUUGAGAUAAAUCUGCUUGGAUCCCUCUGAAAUUUGGAAUUUUUGAGAUAAAUCUGCUUGGAUCCCUCUGAAAUUUGGAAUUUUUUUUUGAGACAAAUCUGCUUGGAUCCUUCUCACCCACUUAACUCUGGAUUUAUUUUAGAGACAAUUCUGGUUUUUAUUGAUCCUGAAGGAUUUUCCCCCAGCUCCUUGAUCCUGACCUCCUUCAUUUGGAUUUUUUUGGACACAAAUCCAAAUUUUUUUUUUGCUCCUGAAGGAUUUUCCCCUUGAUCCUGACCCUGAUAAUUUGGUUUUUUUUUGUUUGGACACAAAUAUGGAGUUUUUUUGCUGACUGCUUGGAUCCUUCUCACCUGCUUCAUUCUGGAUUUAUUUUAGAGACAAUUCUGGUUUUUAUUGAUCCUGAAGGAUUUUCCUCCAACUCCCCCAUCCUGACCUGCUUCAUUUGGAUUUUUUGGACACAAAUCCAAUUUUUUUUUUGCUCCUGAAGGAUUUUCCCUCUGGCUCCUUGACCCUGACCCUGUUAAUUUGAUUUUUUUUUGUGUUUUUAUUGGUACUGGAGCAUUUUCCCUCCAGCUCCUUCAUCCUGACCUGCUUCAUUUGGAUUUUUUGGACAUAAAUCCAAUUUUUUUUUUGCUCCUGAAGGAUUUUCCCUCUGGCUCCUUGAUCCUGACCUGGUUCAUUUGAUUUUUUUGGGGGUUUUUUUUUGGUCCUGGAUCAUUUUCCCUCUGGAUCCUUGACCCUGACCCUGAUAAUUUGAUUUUUUUUUGGUUUUUUUUGGUCCUGGAUAAUUUUCCCCCUGGAUCCUUGACCCUGACCUGAUCAACCCCAGUUUUUUGGGACCCAAAUUGGAUUUUCCUGGCUGCCACCAUGCCGGGCUGGUGGCUGCUGCUGGCGCUGCUGUGCCACCAGCUGUGUCCCCGUGGGGUGACAGCAGCCAGGAGGGACAGGGACAGGGACAGGAGGGGCAGGAAGGAGCACCCAGAGCCCCUGAACACCUCCCUGGCCAACAGCGAGGAGCAGCCCAAGCUGCUGGAGGCGGCCGAGGCGCGGCUCACGGACCCCCGCAGGACCUGGAUCUCCUUCGUGCACCGCCCGGACGACGGCAGCAGCUCCAAGAGGAGAUGCAAAGGCAAAGACAAAAAACUGCGAGGCCUGGUGGGGCCUCCGGGGCCUCCGGGGCCUCAGGGCCCUCCGGGAGCUCCUGGGGCUGAAGUCACCAGGGAAGUUCUUCUGCAGGAGUUCAAGGAGAUCUUGAAAGAAGCCAUGGAGCACAGGGCCUCCCUGGCCAGCCCAGGCCAGCCCAGCCCGCUGCCCCCGCUGCUGCUGUCCCUGGAGGAGGUCCCGUCCCAGCGGCGCGUGGAGGAGGCGUUCCACUGCCGGCUCAAGGGCCAGGUGCUGGUGGACAAGAAGACCUUGGUGGAGCUCCAGAACUUCCAGUCGCCCGUGGCCAAGGGCGCGUUCCUGCGGGGCUCAGGGCUGGACCUGGCCACCGGGCGCUUCACCGCCCCCGUGGGCGGCAUCUACCAGUUCUCAGCCAACAUCCACAUCGACCACAGCGAGCUGAAGAGCCGAGCGCAGCUGCGGGCGCGGGACAGCGUGCGGGUGCUGAUCUGCAUCGAGUCCCUGUGCCACAGGCACACGUCCUUGGAAGUCAUUGCUGGCCUGGAAAGCAACAGCAAAAUCUUCACUGUUUAUGUCCAUGGGCUGCUGCAGCUGCAGGCUGGCCAGUACACCUCCAUCUUCGUGGACAACGCCUCCGGCGCCGCCGUCGCCGUCCAGCCCGGCUCUGAUUUCAUGGGAAUGCUGCUGGGGGCCUAGCAGGGAGGAUGGCCCCCAGCCUUCCCAAAUUCCCAAAUAAUUCCCAAAUUCCUGCCUUUUGGACUGAAAACCCCCACUCUGACCUUGACACUGCUCCCUGCACCUGCAGAAUUCCAACUCACCCCCAGCUCCUCCCGCUUCGCUGCCGGAAGUCGCUGCUGAUUUCUGAGAUCCUCACCAGCUCGUUCUUCACCCAAAUUCUGCUUUUUGUCCUCUUUUUACCCCAAAAAAACCCCUUGGAAUAUUCAAUUUGUGCUUUGGGGCGCGUGGGGUUGGAAUUUGAAAUAAUUUGUUGGAAUUAUUUCACCACAGCGCUUGUAACCGGCACGGGUUUGGGAUUGGUUCGGGAUUGGUUUGGGAUUGGCUUGGGAUUGAUUCAGGUUGGUUGGGAUUGGUUUGGGAUUGGUUUGGGAUUGGUUUGGGAUUGGUUUGGGAUUGAUUCAGGUUG